AGAUCGAUGUUAUGCGGCAGCGAGGAUCGCAUCGAACGUCCGUACUGCGCAUGAAAGCGCAACGUCAGUCCUGGUCAGUCCUCCUCAAGCAUCUGCUCAUCCAUGUGUCAAUCCGCUGAGCCGGUUAAACGAGGGACACCUGCUAACCUCUCUCUUUUCUUGGACCAGUAGUUACUCAAACAAUUUCCGCUUAGGAGCGUUUUAUGAUCAGAGCUAGAAUGUCUAAUUUACGGAAAUUUAUAGACAUUGGAGCUAAUUUAACAGAUUUGAUGUACCAAGGAAUCUAUCACGGAUCACAGAAGCAUCAGCCAGAUUUGGACAAAGUUUUAGAGCGAAGUUGGAACAACAAUCUCUCCAAAAUCAUUAUUACAGCUGGUAACAUGGAAGAUAGCAAGAAAGCUCUUGAAAUAGCGAAAACAGAUGACAGACUGUAUUCAACGGUUGGUUGCCACCCUACUCGGUGCAAUGAAUUUGAAGAAUGUGGUAAUCCAGAAGAAUAUCUCAAGUCAUUAUCGGAUCUGGCAUUAAGCAAUAAAAAUAAAAUUGUUGCUAUCGGCGAGAUGGGCCUGGAUUAUGACAGAUUGAAUUUUUGUUCUAAAGAAAUCCAAAAGAAGUAUUUUGAGAUGCAAUUAUCGCUGUGCUCCACGCUGAAGCUACCGAUGUUCCUGCACUGCCGUAACGCCAGCGACGAUUUUGUACGAAUUCUAAGAAACCACAAAAACGAACUGACACCAGGCGUCGUACAUUCCUUCGACGGCAAUCCGGAAGACGCGAAUUCUAUACUACAGUUAGGCUUAUACAUCGGCAUUAACGGAUGCUCUCUGAAGACAGAGGAGAACCUUUUUGCAAUCACUACCAUUCCCUCGGACAGGCUUAUGAUAGAAACAGACUGCCCGUGGUGUGAGAUCAGGCCAACGCACGCGUCUGCGAAAGAUGUUAUCACGCAUUUUCCAUCUGUAAAGAAAGAAAAGUGGAAGGCUGAUCAUAUGGUUAAAGGACGAAACGAACCUUGUACAAUAGUUCAAAUAUUAGAAGUUCUAGCACGGAUCAGAGAUGAGGAAGAAGAGUAUCUGUGCAAUCAAAUUUACAAGAACACGAUGAAACUCUUCUUCCAGGACGAAUUAUAGUGUGCAAACAUUGAACAAUACAGAAACGUAAACGCCUAAAGUGCGACGUUAGAGGAAGCGCACUCAUGAAGUAAUCAGGGAUAAAAGCUGUGAACGUGCAUAAAUUGCAGAGCAAGAAAGUGAACAAAGCACGCUGCAGAAAUCCUAUCGAAAGAAGGAAAUGAAGACACUGAUUUUUACAUAAGUAGCUUUAUGGAGGUGGCUACUGUCACUAUCCACAGAUCUCUUCCCAUGUAAAACUUUAAUAUAUUCUUGUUAAAAUUAUAAUCAUAAUAUCAUGUUCUUCUAUCGCAUUUUGCCGCUAUUAUUACCAUCAUCUCAUUAUUAUUAUUAUCAUUGCGAUAUUUAUUAAUAUAUUCUGCUAUUCUUACGAGUA